AUGCGUAUAACUUGCCUUUGUCGCUUUUCCUUGACGAGAACCAGGCAUACUAUGCGAGCUUGGGUUGCACAGUCGCCCACCGAUCCAGUAAAACUGAAGACUAUUCCAUCACCUGUACUCACGAAGCCAGACCAGGUUCUUAUCAAGGUUAAGGCAGCCAGUGUUAAUCCGGUCGACACCUUAAUGGUUAAAGGAUACGGCAAAGAGAUUCUGGGAACAUGGAAGCGGUUGGAAGCCUUCGAUUACGCCGCGAGCCGAUUUCCUCUGAUUCCUGGAAGAGACUGCGCCGGGAUCGUGGAAGCGGUCGGGCCUGCAGUAAAGGGGUUGAAUGCUGGUGAUGAGGUGAUGGCGGUAGUUCCAGCAGUUUGGGCUGGCUCUCAUGCCGAAUACGUUGUGUCACAGGAAGCUUGUUGCUCGCGUAAGCCAUCGAACCUGAACUUCGCAGAAGCAGCUGCCAUGCCUUACGCCGCCAGUACGGCUUGGGCGGCUCUUGUUUGCGUGGCAAGGAUGAACCCACGUUCGAAGCCAAGUGAACGAGUAUUAAUUCAUGGUGGAGGUGGUGGAGUUGGUACAAUGGCUAUCCAAAUGUUGAAGGCAUGGGGAACCGAUAAAGUAGUUGUCACAUGCUCUAAAGAUAGUGCCGAAUUGGUUCGGAAGAUCGGUGCUAUUCCCGUCGAUUACCGUGAGGAAAACGCUCGAGACCGUCUCAUUGAAGAGGGACCUUUUGAAGUGGUCUUUGACUGUGUGGAUUCCGAUUUGGCCAAAUGGAGCGACAAGAUUAUGCCCGCUUGGAGGAACAGUGUCCAUGUGUCUGUAGUCGCUCCAUUACUGAGAGAAACUGAUCGACAUGGUAUUUUACCAGGACUAGCAACAACGGCUGUGAAACACUUUUUUAGAAGUUAUGAGAGUGCCCUUCAUGGAAAAUGGUUUUCUUAUGCGUUCUUUGCUCCCAGUCAAGAGUGUAUGCUGCAGCUGUCGAGGUUUGCCGAAGAGGGAAAGAUUGUGCCGAUAGUAGAGCGAGUACAAUCGUUCGAAGAGCUACCAGCGGCGUAUGAGAAAGUCGAGCAGUUGCAUAAUCACGGUAAAACGGUUCUGACAUGGUAA